UUUCACUUUUUUGCAAGUGGAGGGUGCAGCCGGAGAGAGAGGAGUUAUUUCCUUUCGAUAGCAAUAGUGAAACACGUUGAGAACUCAUCCUUGGUGGUUUGGCUUCUUUUUUGUUUUGCAGCCCUUCCUGGGAGCACUCGUUCAGCCACUUCUCUGCCCCGCUCCGAGUCCUUGACCCCAAGAACCCUAUUAUGUGGAUGCUGCUGAGCUGAGUUUCUUCCCCGCUGUGGGAAGAAAGGCCUGCACUAUGCAAUGUUGCUGUGGUUGACGCCCUGAGAUGGCCAAAAAAGGCACCGAUGAACUUCGGAUACCGUUGGAAGAUGGGGAGCCCUCUCUGCAAGUCAAAGACGAGUGGACAGAAACCCGGCCGGAAAUUUUGAGGACUGUGAAAAUUGAGGCGGUUUGCACAGACGAUGGAGAGAGUUCCACGCACAGCAUGGGGGAACGGGACUUGCCUGCGGGUCCAGUUGAGGAACCGGCCCGCAAGCGCAAGAAGGGCCCUGCCCCAAAGAUGCUGGGGGAUGAGGUGUGCAGCGUGUGCGGGGACAAGGCCUCGGGGUUUCACUACAAUGUCCUCAGCUGCGAGGGCUGCAAGGGCUUCUUCCGGCGCAGCGUCAUCAAGGGGGCGCAAUACACCUGCAAGAACAGCGGCCAGUGCAACAUGGACAUGUACAUGCGCCGCAAGUGUCAGGAGUGCCGCUUGAAAAAGUGCCGACAGGCGGGCAUGAAGGAAGAAUGCGUGCUGUCCGAAGAGCAGAUCCGAAAAAAGAAGAUCCGCAAACAGCAGGAGGGGGAAGGGGUGUCCGGGGGGGAAGGGGGUGGAGGAGAGAUUCUUCGGGUGCCCCCUGUGCCCUACGACCCCACCCUGCUCCAGCCCGAGCCAGCCCCUCUCACCCCCGAGCAGGAGGGCAUGAUCCAGCAGCUGGUAGCUGCGCAACAGCAAUGCAACAAGAGGAGCUUCAGCGACCAGCCCAAAGUCACGCCAUGGCCUAUGGGCAGCGACCCCAACAGCCGGGAGGCGCGCCAGCAACGCUUCGCCCACUUCACGGAGCUGGCCAUCAUCUCUGUGCAGGAAAUUGUGGACUUUGCCAAGCAGGUGCCCGGCUUCUUGCAGCUCUCUCGGGAGGACCAGAUCGCGCUUCUAAAGGCCUCGACUAUUGAGAUCAUGCUGCUGGAGACAGCACGACGCUACAACCACGAGACGCAAUGUAUUACAUUUCUUAAAGAUUUCACCUACAGCAAGGAUGACUUUCACCGUGCAGGCCUGCAAGUGGAGUUCAUCAACCCCAUCUUCGAAUUCUCUCGGGCCAUGAGGCAGCUGCAGCUGGAUGACGCUGAGUACGCCCUCCUCAUCGCCAUCAACAUCUUCUCCGCCGACCGGCCCAACGUGCAGGACCACGGCCUGGUGGAGGCGCUGCAGCAGCCCUACAUCGAGGCCCUCAGCUCCUACAUCCGCCUCAACCGCCCGCAGGACCACCUGAUGUUCCCGCGGAUGCUGAUGAAGCUGGUGAGCUUGCGGACCCUGAGCAGCGUGCACUCCGAGCAGGUCUUCGCUUUGCGCCUUCAAGACAAGAAACUUCCGCCACUUCUCUCCGAGAUCUGGGACGUUCACGAGUAGAUAUCCUGGUGGCAAGGGGAGGCUCGGCCCCGCCCUCUUACGGAUGCUUUUCCAAGCCCCAGGAGACAUUUUGGCCUGCAACGGAGCCUCAGAAGGGUCAAGAUAAACUUGUAACUGAAAGAUUGUGGUCCGGACAAAGGAACUACAGAAAGGGGCUGCUAAGCACUUUCCCCCCUGCAUCUACUUUUUCCCAUCAUGCACUUGCCUCCUCCUGAUUUUGUUCAUUUGUUUUUUUUUUUAGGGGGGAGGAGUGAUGCAAGUUGCUUGUGCUUCGGGGGGGAGAAUGGGGGGCGGGGAAGAUGCGCAGGGACUUUGCCGCAAAGACUUAUCCCUCCCGAUUCAUGAGGAAUGAACACCCUACCCCAUGUGGCUUUCUCAUCUAACAGCACACACACACACACAGACCCCCUGCUAGGGCAAGGGAAAGUAUUUCGGGGGGGUUGCCGUUUGCCUGGUUUGGGGCAGAUGCCCAGAACAAAUAAAACUCAGCCCUGAUAAACCAAG